AUGCGCCUGUUCUUCGAGAAGUGGCUCCCUGGCGCCGAGCUUCCCGAGAGGCGGAAGCUUUCCGGGAAGUAUCUCAAUGAUGCUGUCGUAUCAGCACGAGCGAAGACACGGUCGAUCGUGCACGGGCAGCUUGCAACAGGUGUCAGUGAUGGGUGGAAGAACAUAGCUAAGGUCAAUGUCGUUACCUCAAUGAUGUCCGUCAAGCGGGAGCCGCACCUUGUACAAACACACGACAUGACGGGCCUCCCAAAGACGGGCGAGCAGCACGCCGAAAUCAUCGAGGAAGACAUCAUCCUGAUGCGCAGAGAGUUCGACGUGCACCCGAUAGGAUGGGUCACAGACGAUGGACCGGAUGGGAAAGGCGCACGAAAUCUGCUGCGCAAGCGUAUGCCAUGGCUGAUAACUCUCGUCUGCUGGGCCCAUCAGUCAAGCCUCUUGGCCGGCGACUUCCUGUCCUUCCCGGAGUACAAGGAAACUGUCAGUGAAGCACUCGACAUCGUGCGCUGGUUCAAUAACCACGGCUCCGCCCUCGACCUAUUCAACAAAGAACAGCUGCUUACCUAUCCGGAUCGCACUCGUGCUCUCGCGCUCAUCCUCCCGGCUGUCACACGGUGGACCACUCACUUCCAAUGCUCAUCCCGCCUUCUUCUCCUCGCGCGCGCCUUCAAGCUGUGCAUUGCCCGCAACAAGGAUUGUCUGCUCGAGAUAGGAGAGAAGAGUCAAACGGCGAAUGCAAAGGAGACGUCCAGGAGGGUGAUUGCCUCCAUCGAGGACCCUUCCUUUUGGACACGCCUUGACAGAGUCGAAGCAUACCUCAAGCCCCUCGCAAUUGCGACGAACAUUCUGCAAGCUUCGCACACCCGCCUGGAUCAUGCCCUUUUGGCACUCGCCAAUCUCUUCCGGAUCUACAGCCAUGGCGAUACCGAAAAAGGCGCAGGUAAAGAUCAAGCUCUGUUUAUUCUUGCCGCCUUCUUCAACCCGUACAUACGGGGCUACUGCUUUGACCGUGAAACACUUCCGCCGAGCGAGCUGUAUGAGCUUGCAGAACGCGCGUUCACACGCUUUUACGGCUGCGAACCGGACGCUCGGUUUGCAGAAGCACUGGUUGAAUACUCUCAGGCGAAGGCAGAGUUCACGGACGAAAAAAUGCGCCUGAAACAAGCCGAACAGCGGGCACUCGAGAAGGACACGGACAUUGAUAUCGUCUCAAUAUGGGCAGAUAUUGAUCGCUCAAACGACGCAUUGGCGGUAUGCCCCGGACGGAACGGAGUCGCCAAACUCGCCAUUCGCAUUCUGUCCGUUGUCGCCAACUCCGCCGGUGUCGAGUGCGCCUUCAGCGACUUUGGCCGGAUACACACGAAGGCACGCAAUCGCCUCACGACCAAAACCGUCCACGACACGGGCACAUUGCGGCUUGCGAUUCGCCGUGAGCAUGCUGUGGCCGGCCUCUCCACGCGUCGCCUCAAACGGAAGCUG